AUACGCCGACUCCUACAGCUGUGGCGCCGACCUCACGAGUUGCCAUCACGUCGACUGGAGCCUCAACAGUCGCGGCCACUACCAUUGCCUCUACAUCAACGGCAGCAACUUCCGCUCCGACAUCUUCCGUUUCUCGGACCACGGCUGCUGGUGUCGAGCAAG